AACUCCAAACCAGAAAUCGUUUCAGAUAGAGUUAGAGCCGGCGCUGGCGCAAAUGGCAUAUUCUCCAGGCGACUUGAUUUUUCAACCUUCAAUCUUUUGCCGAAGCAUAAAGUCAACUCUUAUCAAAUUAAGAUCGAGGACGAAGGCAACCACGGCAACGAUGACACGCGUCUGUUCAUCCUGUCGACGCUGGCGGGGCAGCACAGGCCGCGCGUCUCGUGCGCGCUCUGCAAGGACACUCUGGAUGUCUUCGACCGCUACCCGCUCGUUGACGGAACCUUCUUUCUAAGUCCACGACAACAUACCAGUAGCGCCGUUGAGGUGAAAGUGGAGGGGCGGACGCAGUACCUGACGUGCGUUUGCAUGGGCUGCCUGGAGCGCUGCGAGCCCGAACGCACCAUCCGCUGCCGCUUCUGCGGACAGAAGUGGGACGGUUCGUCACUCGUGCUCGGCACCAUGUACUCCUAUGACAUUUUCAUGGCGACCCCUUGUUGCGCUGAGCGAUUGAAGUGCAACACGUGCUACAAGCCUCUGCUGCACCCGCACCAGCGCCUCAACUACUCCGACUACUCGCACCCAGUGACAUGCCCGCACUGCCGCGUGCUCGACGCGCACUUCGUCAAGCCGCUCGGCUAUUGUUUCACGAAACGGGCCUUCCCGCUCUUCCAGCAGUGGCCAUAACAGACGGCGGUGCCGGGGACCUCCCCCGGCACCUCCCCUGAAACCUGGCUCGCGCCCUCGCCGCCGCGUCGUGCAUCGCCGCCCGCGCUGCGCCCCGUCGUUAACACAAGCAUGGCCUCACGCCCCGAGUCCGAUGAGUCGAAGUACCUCGCGCCCGCGCUGGCAAGCAUUACGGAGUCGCUGUCGCUGCUCGGCCUGAGCCCGGAGACGCUCGCUAUCAGCGUUGGAGAGUCGCUGGCGGAGCGUUACCUGGCCACGAUCCGCGCUAAGCCGCCGGCUGCGCCCGCCCCGGUAGUCCCGCUGGCCCCGCUGGUGCCCGCUACGUGCGCGCCCCCGCGCCGCGGCGUGCCCGACCCCGCGCACCUGCAGCUCUUCUCCAACGACUUUAUGGAAUACCUGAACCAGAUCGCGUAGGCGAGCGGCGAGUGAUGUGUUAAUGGACUACUUUCUAGUGAUAAUUUUUUGUUAAAUUAAGUUGGUCUUAUUGAAAUAAUUUUAUGCAUCGGUUUAGAGAGUACUAUUGAUUUUAUUAUAAUUUUAUUAUUGCACUUUGUUGAUUAAAUAAGGUAGAUGUUGAUUUUUAUCUGAAAUUAGCGGUUAGUGGCGCCAGAAAUUGCAUUUUUGUGUCAUUCAUUUCGAUUGAACCAUAUCGGGAGUUUUCCUUUUGAAGGAGAUAAAGGGGAGUUUUUUUUUUAUAAAUUAUUGAUUACCUUCGUUUUCAGUGAUAUCGAUCGCCCUAUCUGAUAGGGAAUUUGAGUGGUGUGUUGUUUAGUUCAAUUUAGUUUAUUAGUUAUGUUUUAUUUUAGCAAAAUUUUUAACUUUUUAACUUAAGUGUUACAAUAUUUUCGUAGGUUUCGUACGAUCCUUUAUUUCCUCCCACCAAAUGGCACUUCAACCAGGAGGCGACAUCUACUUGUGUAAGAUGCCAUCUUAGGUUAUAUUCUUUAAUCACUUUUUCGUUUAUGUAAUAUUGUAAUUUGUCACUUAAUUACGGUAAAGGUUUAUAAUUGUAAGCGAUUGCUGUGUCACCAAUAAUAUGAUUAGCUUGUCAAUACAUAUUAUUGUAAGUUGUAUCCGAAGAUAAUUGAUAUUGUCAGAUAUUGUCAGACAUUGUCAUACUAUCUGAUACUGUUGUCUUUAUUUUGCAUUUUCCUUUCAAAUAUGUUCUUCAAUGGUUAACGGAAAUCUAGAAAAAAUGCAAGUUUUGGAAUUGUGCCAUAUCAAUUAAAAUUUACCCGGGUAGACGAUUUUCCUUUAACCAUUGAAGCUGUGUUUAAUGUAACUUUACCAAUAGAAUUUAUAAUUUUGUUACAUAUGACUGGCCUCGGCUAUUUUUAAGGUAAGAUAUUCUUACAUUGAAUAUGUAUUUAUUUUUAAACGCUUUACCAUAAAACUGAUAUAGUUAAGCGUGCACUUCUCUUAUAUUUAAAGAAUGAAUUAGAUAAGUUUUUUGAUACAAUUUGAUACUUAUUACUUACUCGCAACGUGAUUACAAGUGAUAAAAUUCUAGUUUAGAGCGUGUUUAGGGAUAAGCGAUCAAAGUGGUGCGGAUAGGUAGGCGUUGGAACAUGUUCGCGAACGUGUUCGGGUGACAGGAGUCGGAGUUAGGCAAUAAUUCUCUCAAGACUUAACACUUUUUAGAUGAAAUUUUUUGCAUUGGUCCUAAAGAAAAAAGAAUUAAAACUGCCAUUUACCAUUUUUUUUACUUAAUUAAUUUUUCAUAAAACUUAUUCUACGGAUUUUAAUGCGCACAAUUUGAACAAAUUUAAAUGUACAUAUUUUUAUAUGCUAAAAAAAAAGGGCGAAGACCAGUGAUUACUUUUUACGUUUGUAUACUUAAAUUUGUUUAAAUCAAUCGUCAUUUAAAUCAGUAAAAUCAGUUUUAUUCGAAUUGUUUGCGUAAAUAUAGGAAAUCAUUAACGUAAAUGUCUAAGAUCGGUCUAACAUACUAAGACCUCUUGACUCUUGACUGAAUCAUAAAUUGCAUAGAUCUAACUCGACUGGUUAAGGUUAGGAGUUAGGGAUACAGGGCAUGCAUACCUCCUUUGUCACAUGCUCCAUUUCCCCCUCCUCUCAUGUCAGUCGCAGUUAACCAUCGACAUGUCAUUCGUCAUUACGCUAUCAUCCGCAUCACAGCACCUCAUUCACCAUCUUUGUCAUUUGGCACUGUUUGAGUGGGAGUCGAACUGGCUAACAAUGGUUUAAAUUAAAAAGAAAAUAUAACUAUACUAAUCAUGAUCGAAUUUCAAAGGUUUAAUAAAUUAUAAGAGAAAUAAAACAAAAUUAAUCUACAAAAAAGUAUAUCCAAACAUUUACAAAGAGAGUUGUAAAUUAUAUUAUGUAAAUAAAAGAUUAUGGUGUACCAUUUACAAUAAAACCAUGAUAGCCAGUUCGUCAAGUAUGGUUGUAGUAACCCUUAUAAAUAUUUUUAUUAAUAUCCUUUGCUUAAAAAUAACUUUAAGAAUGAUACAAUUAUAUAGAAAUCUAGCUAUAUCAUAGCACGGCAUACCCCUAUUGUAAAUACGCAGUUAACAAACAGACGCUUACCUAAAAGUUGAAAAUUAACGAAGAUAUAUUAUUGCAUAUUUCUAGAUUAGCCGUAAAUCGAUAGUACAUAAUUUCAACAAUAUCAAAGAUUACCCUAAUUAUUUUAAAAAAAGAAAUCCCGCCAAAUUGUAAUGACGUUUCAUAUGUUAAUCAAUUUUAAUUUUAUCGGAGUUUGCUCGUUCGUAAAUAGAAUUAUAUUUAAAAAAAAGUUUAAUGUAUAUAUGUGCAUUUAAUUAAAUGUAUGUAAACAAAGUAUUUGAGAAAAUUAAACGAGCUGUUGUUGGUAUAUUUAGGAAAAUAUUAAAAAAAAAGAACCAGAUCAUCUGAUGGUGGCCAUGUACAAAUGUGUAAGUGAAACGACAUUACAAUUCGGCAAUUUAGACAAAACACAUAUUAUAGAGACAUAAUUGUUUAAUAGUCAAAUACAGAGUGAAAUAUGUAGACAUAAGGCGUUUACAUUAGCCCUUGUAAAAUAUCAGGUCGAUGACCUUCCCCCUCCGGUACAAAUUCGAGUAUAUUCGGUAACCUUUAAAAAUUAUAUAUCGAUCCUCUAAAGUGGUUACAUUUGAUUACAUGAAAUCAAUACCUCUUUAGAUACUAAAAAUAGAUAUACUGGCACAAGAUUGCUAUAGUAUUCUUUAAGUCCUUGUCUUAAAUUUUAUCGUAUAUUUGUAAGUUUACAUUCAUGGAUUCAAAACUAUUGUUUGUAUUCGCCUAUUCAGCGAGUAACUUGACAAACCAGUGUUGAUACAAUUUUCAGUCUGCUUAGACAAGGAAAUCUCCGGUAAUACACAUAGGUUAAAAUCCCAUUUGACAGAAACAGUAGUUCUACAAACUAUAGGACUCAAAGGUUGUAAAAAUUCGACAAUUUUUUCGUCGUUCAUAAAACAAUAGAUAUGUCCUCUGAACUCAGGCACUAUCGUUGUUAAGGGUGAAGCGAAAUUAUUAACUCGUCAAGAGAAUUGCGCCAUGGGAAAGAUUGAAAAACACUGGCCUAAAUAGAGGCUAACAGAUAUCACGCUUCAAACGGUUUGUCAAGGUACAUUUCUUCCAGUUUCGUUACCUAAUUUUCUAAUUCAAUAGUCUCCUAUGCACAAUGGGUUACGUAGAUUCUAGACGGGAUCUUAUCCCACAACAGUUCUUAUUUAUUCCCCAAAGUCUACUAUGCAAUUAUAUACGAAUGUGUUUGAUUCUUCAUAUUUUAACCACUGAGUUGUUUGUUCAGUUUUAAAUGUAAUUACACGAACGUUGCCAACUUCUUAGUUUAUUUGCACAUAAUUUGUUAAAUUUUGUAUUUAAUAACAAUUUAUUUAGACGCCAACGUUCGAAUUACGUGUUGAAUUAAUAUGGUGUUAUUUAGUGAAUUGCUUAAAAGUACAAAGAAACAAUUUGUUACUUUUGCAAAUUUUAUAAUAAAAAAAAAUAAAUAAAACAAUAAAAUACAUAUAAAAAAGUAACACUGAUCUAGGUAAUCUUUACAAAAUAGUCGCUGUAAAUCCUAAACAUAAUCCUCGAACGUUUCUCCUAAACUAAGUUUUAUUGCUUUUAAAAUAAAUUUUGUCUUUCGUUGAUACAUUUAGGAGCGAAAAUUGUUAAUUAUUGUAAGAAUAAACUAUAUCUCGUAUUUAAUUUUAAUAUAUUUACUUUAUAUUGUAUCUUUAAUUACUAUUAGUGUACUAGGAUCGCAGAUAACGUAGGAUCAUCAAGCAUAAUCGGUUUUUCUAUCGCUAAGUGUAGGGACGACCUUUUUUCCACUACUUCCUCUAUUAGAAUUGUAGUGUUUUCUUUAAUAAUAAUGUGUGAAUGGGAUGUGUGAGUGUUGUCUCAACUUCGAUCAUCGUGCAUACUUUUCAUGUAUUACUUAUUGCUCGUACUCGUUUAAGCGAGAUAUUUUUAUAUAAUAUCGUGUAUGUUCUGGUCAUAGGCGCGAAGCGACGCGACGCGUAUAGUUACGUCAAAAUAUGUUCUUCCUUUUACAUCGUGAAGUAUGAAUAAUUUGACCUUAACGCUCUAAACUUCGUACAUUACCAGGAGCAGUGGAUUUUCUUUUUAAUUCACAGAUUAAAACGACGACAAUUUAUGGUGAACUUAUAUUAACAUUUGCAAUUGAAUUAUCUAUU